GCUCUGUUCCUUAAAGAAAUAACAAAAGACUCCAUACGUUCUUUUGUGAAAUGAUCUGCUGAUUUGCAUGCUUCUCAUAAACAGAGCGUGGGAACAGGCUAGUUAACGCUAAAUGAUUUAGUCGUUUCGUGGUAAGCGUUUGGACUCCAGACGGUUAGAUCUUUUUGGUGAAGGAGACACAGAAAAAGACUGCCAGUCACCCAAAGAGAACCUCUCAGAACAACUUGAUAGUUUUAUAAAAUCUCGUUGGGCGAAGAUGGGUGUACACGACCAAGAUACAACUAACACAUCGAGGUACAGUUUAGAGCAGAAUUGAGUCGUUAAAUUUGGGGUUGACUCUUUCGUUCGAAGUUACCUCAGAGGCCUAAGCGUUGGGAGUGUAAGAGAAAAAAAAGAAAACAUUAAGAAAAGCUUCUAAACAACGCUUAACAAUUAGAUACCAUUUAGUGAGACUGAGAGAGAGAGAGAGUUUGAGUAUUAGUACCACAUUUUUAAAUUAUUAGUUUGUGUACGUAAUGUAGUGUUCACACCGACUCCUUGAAGUCAGCCCCGUCCGUUGGGCUACAUGGUCAGCGCAUCAAUGAACAAGAGUUCUAGGGACAAACUUUCAACCCGAAAUUCUGUACUAACGCGCAAAAACUUGCAUGAUCCCGUAGUUAGUGAUAGCUAAGGCUAUGUUCUCACUAUAGCGGAUCAAGAAACCCAUACCUCAUAUGGCAUCGGUUUACACAUAAGAAGGUUAUUUCGGCGAGAUUUCUGUAACGGAGCGAAGCUGCCUCGCGCCGAUCUCUAAAAUGGAGAGUCACAUAUAAUCGGAUAGACUACGAGCAGUAUCUCUUUUUUCUGUAGUCCGUCGACCAAAACGGGAGACACGCAAAUGGCCACGCGCGUGACUGAAGGCGCGAGACGGGAGAGGCACGAAAAAGAGAGACUUUCUUUUUCUUCUCGGUCUGCCCCUCUCGUUUCGCACGUCUCGCUGCUUCGCCGCUCCCGCGCGCGUGCACUGCUCUCACUAAAUCUGAAGAAAAAGAGAGACUGCUCGCAGUCUACAUAUCGGAUAGAUGUUCAUACUUUACCGAAUAGCUUUUCGUGUCGGCAUGAAGAGCUAUCUGGUAGCCUGCGAGCAAGCUCUCGUUUCACUCGCCCAAAUAGGAGAGCUUAUUCUUGCUCGCAGGCUAGCUAUCUAGUAGAGUGUGAACAUUACCUAAAGGUCGCUAUUGAAGGAUUUCAUUUCUAAGAGUGAACAGGUUCAAGUUGGUUCAGUUUUCAGGUUUUUGCUGUUCCUUUCCCUACAGUUCUAGUAAAGGCUUUUGUUGUUUUGCACAUGCACACGGUUUCUUCCUUUUCCACGCCAUAAUAAGGACUUUAGUCUAUUUUAAAUCACUUUGUUUUGUCGUCGCAUCGAAUCCCUGUAAUUAAUUUUAUAUUUUUGGUGUUUUGCAGUUUCGUCAGCACAAAAGCCAUGCGUGCAUAUUCUGACAGUAGUGAUCUACAUAGUUCUUACCCCUGGGAGAGGGAAAAGCGAGACGACUUCUAUCGCGGAUGGGGAAGAGAAAAAUGGAACAAAGACUUCUCCAAGGACAAAGCACAGAUGAUGAAUGGACCAACCACAAAACGCUCGCCUUGCAAAAAGUACAUAUCUGUUGUUUCGGAGGGUAACUAUUUCAUAGCCUCAAAAGCGCCGCUUCCGGACCGAAUCGAGCUUCGAAUGUGUGGUACGGCAGGUGUAUCGCAGAAGCAUCGCUCGGUUUCCAUUCCAGACCUGUACCGCAUCAAGAUGAAGCCAAUUCCGGAGGCAGUGGAGGACAUAGUGGAUGCUGUGCGUCGAGAAGAUGUCCAGUCGGAAGGUUUAUGUCCAAUACAUGAUCAUCACUCACCAAGAAACAGUGAUUUAAAAGAGAUGUACGUCUCGCAGUACACCCACCAUUUCGACCCCACCGAGCCUCGUUCACAUAUUGCUGGAUGGAAGGUCGACAUUGAACCCAACGGCAUUCCACAUCGUCGGUCCCGAAUGUGCGUGCUUAACAAUCCUGUCGUGUCGGGAUCGAGAAAGAGACCGGAACGCCCGAAAUCUGCACCUCCUACUUUGGCUUAUGAGUUCGACCUGCUCGAACAGAGCAUCGAAGACGACAGACUUUCGUCUGCUACCCUUCCCACAUUUCAUCGCGGUUAUCCUGAAUCUGUUCAAAGUACCGAUGACUUAUCGACCCGUCUUAAAGAUCUGAUUGUGGACUCCGCGCCGCCAGAACUCAUCUACGAUGAUAGUUCAUUCGGCUACGAUCCAAGCGAUGAUACGUCGGAGACAUCUUCGGCGUUUAACCAAGACCCAUACAAAAAGAGAGAUCCCGCCAAAUUUAACUACAGCCGCCCAAGGUUGAUUCGACUCUCCGCUGACUUUCCUGGCGUAAGAAACUUGGAAAAAAUGCGCCGAAAACGGCAAAGCAUGGGUUCAUCAUCAACUGGUUCCAUGUCAUCUCCCUCUCCGUCUCCGCGCUCGGCUGGUGAGUAUGGGUUUUUCGUGGCGCUUACAUCAAAGGAUCAAAUCCCUCAACAGAGGCAUGGAAGAUACUAUUCCAUGACGUAACGAGGGAGAACUAGGAAGGUCUCUUGCCAUUAAGUCCUAGUUAAGACAGCACAUUCACGAAUAGGACCGCCACGCAUUGAGAACUUUGCUUGUUCUUGAAGAUAAUGCAUACAUGUUCCUUGAGUUCACGGAUAAUUUUAUGCGUUAAAGUGGAAAAUUGCACUUGUCGGAGCAAGGACAAUUUUGUUAACCAAUUUUGUUUCCGACUUUUUUUAAUUCAGAGGAAAUAAAACAUUCGUCUUCGAGCGCACAGGCGUAAAAUUCAUAGUCGUUCGCGAGCAGUUGAUUGGCUACUAAAGCUGAAACCGUGUUGCUCGUCAAGUUAGCGUUCGAGCGUGGACAGGAGGCGCAUAUUCGUACAGUUAAACCUCAUUAAUACAGAUACCACAGGGACAAAGCCAUAACAGAGGUGCAUGAACACGUAAUUAUGGAGGUCGAGAAUGCGCGAGGAAAGCCGUAAAAUUUUUAAUUUUGGGGACCAUACUGGCAUUGUGAACUAUAGGAAUAGACCGGUGCUUGGAAAUACUUUUUAAAGUAGCUAUUGUCACGUAGUUUAUUAAACCACUGAUAAAGAACAGGCCACUUUUUUCUCCUGGUGAAAUAUAUAAGAUAUAAAAGGUAAAAACAAGAGAAGCUAUGGAUGGACA